AGUACAGUAGGGUAGUGCGCAAGCGGCGGUGUGAAUACGGAGUAAACGGGUACUAUUUGUGUACUAUUUAUCUACACUAUGUAGUGCGCUAGUAUGAGCUUCUCUCCCACGUCACCGGCUCACUGUCGGUCUCGCGCUCAUCGGGAACCGCAGCAACAAACGACGGUGGAGCAGCGUUAGUAUCUUGCGCGCGUGUACGCAGUGCUGCGGUGUGUGAGGUGGAGAUGAGUGAGGGUGGUGUUGAGCCGUGUGCUGAUGGUCAGGCCUUCAGCCCUAAUGAAACCGCUCUGCUGGCCCUGAUGGAGAAGACCGGUUACAGUAUGGUCCAGGAAAACGGACAAAGGAAAUUUGGAGGUCCACCACCAGGCUGGGAAGGUCCUCCUCCUCCCCGAGGCUGUGAGGUAUUUGUGGGAAAAAUUCCCAGAGAUAUGUACGAGGACGAGCUGGUGCCCGUGUUCGAGCGCGCAGGCCGCAUCUAUGAGUUCCGCUUGAUGAUGGAGUUCAGCGGGGAGAACCGUGGCUACGCCUUCGUCAUGUACACCACCCGAGAAGCAGCGCAGCGAGCCAUUGCCCUCCUCGACAACUACGAAAUCCGUCCAGGGAAGUUCAUCGGAGUGUGUGUGAGUCUGGACAACUGUCGCCUCUUCAUCGGCUCUAUUCCUAAAGACAAGAAGAAGGAGGAAAUCCAGGAAGAGAUGAUGAAGGUAACAGAUGGAGUGGUGGAUGUUAUCGUGUACCCCAGUGCCAUGGACAAAACUAAGAACCGUGGUUUUGCGUUUGUGGAGUACGAGUCACACAAAGCCGCCGCCAUGGCUCGCAGGAAGCUCAUCCCAGGAACAUUCCAGUUGUGGGGUCACACUAUUCAGGUGGACUGGGCUGAGCCAGAGAAAGAUGUCGAUGAGGAGACGAUGCAGCGUGUUCGGGUUCUCUACGUCCGUAAUCUCAUGCUGCACACGACCGAGGAGACGCUUCACUUAGAGUUCAGCCGUCUGAAGCCCGGUUCUGUGGAGCGCGUUAAGAAACUGACAGACUACGCCUUUAUUCACUUCUACUGCCGUGAAGAUGCGCUCGCCGCACAGCAGUCCAUGAACGGCAAACUCAUCGAUGGCUCUCCGAUUGAAGUCACUCUCGCAAAGCCGGUCAGCAAAGACACGGGUCGAAGAUUCAGAACCCGAUUUGGACAUAAUGGAACGGCACCAGCGCUCUGCAGUGACCCCAACUUCCUCCUACAGAGCAAAGACGACUCCGGAAUCAGCGUGGGCUCAGGAGUGAUGAGUGAUGGUUUUUCUGCACAUGCUCUCAGUUUAUCUCCUCAUCUGAGUAGCCCGUAUUCCGUGGAGUUAGAGCGGUGCGUUUAUCCGUUCCUGCCCGGGUCCAGUCUGGUCCCGAUCAGUCUGCAGAGCCUGAAGCCGAGUCAGCUGAGCUCUGCUGUGUCUCUGCUGGAAUAUUACUGCCACAAGAACGGCUGGUCUCUGCCGGAGUAUUACCUUUACACCACUACUGCGGCGACCUACUCCGCUGCAGGCCAUGAAGGAAAAACACUGCUGGUCUAUAAAGUGGUGAUCAGCAGCACACAGAGCAGCUACAUGCCCGAUAAAGUCUGCACCGUUCUCGAGGAUGCCAAGGAGCUCGCAGCUCACAACGCUCUCUGGAACCUUGAUCUCGCAUUCUAUGGCCCAGGUUCUCCUGGCAGUUUCUCUCCUCCUGCAGUUCCCUCUGGAACGGGUUUGUUGUCGUUUGCGUGUCGAGCGGUACCGUACCCAGCGUACUCCGUGGCUCCCGUCUCACCUCCGCUGUCCAUCUCCAGUACCAGGGGCUCGCGGAUCUACAUUCCCAACCAGUCUCCCUUCUGACCGAGCCGCACAGUGUGAGCAGAGCUGUUGUUGUUGUUUCGUUGUGCUCAGACGUGUCACUUACGUUGUGUUUUUUAUGUUUUGUAGUAAGUAAUUAUUUUUUUAUCCGUAGAAUUCCCAGAUCAUUACACGUGUUCUGUUUCAGUGUUUCUAAAAGACUUUCUCCUUUUGCAUGUAAAACAAGUUGGGAAAAAAGUAUUAUUAUAAAUAUCUGAUUAUAUCUCUGAGCCACAGCAGGUUUUACUCUGUAUGAAAGGUUCGCCAACAGGAUUAGUUAGUGAAUUGUCUUCUAGUGAUAGUUACUGAGAUGUGGCUCUUCUUCUGUCCUGCUUUAGCCUUAAACUGCUUCCAUUCCUCGCCUUCACCAUUUAGACAAAAUGCACUUAAAUGCUCAAAGGACCCAAAAAAUCUCUAGUACCGAUUAAAUUUAGAUAGUAAAGCAUAAUUUUAUUUAAACAGUAAAAUAAUUUCCCUGAAACGUUCACUAGCAUUUCUGGAAAGUGGAUAAAUUACACAAGAGUAAACUAUAAAUGUACCUGUAGGGUUCGUAGGGUUUCUACUGUAUAUAACACUCUUUAUUAACACUCUUUAUUAACACUCUUUAUUAACACUCUUUAAUAAACACUUACACUUUAAUAAACACUUUAAUAAACACUUUAAUAAACACUCUUUAACUCCUAAUAUUAAUUGGAAAAGAAGUUAAGAGAAUAAUUAAAAUAUCGAUUAUUUUAGCCAAAACCAUUCCUUCUAGCAAAACAGUGUGCUUUUUUUAUACUUCCAUACAAAUUAUUUAUUUUUAUUUACAAUUCAUUUUAAUUUAAAUUCUGUUAGUAAACAGUAAUGAGUUAAACCUUCAGAGUGUAUAGCACACAGAUGUGUAGCUACAGCAGCCGAGAUAAAUAAAGUGAAUAUCAAUGCAACUUUAAAUAGAAGCCAACAAUUUAUUUCAUAUACACUAAAUUUAUUUUAAAGAAUUUUGUGUCAGAAUUGGUCCUCUGUAAUUCAUAAUGAUUUAUGGAAUUAAAUCUAGUUGUUUUUUAUUCAUCUUUGCUCAAUAUUUUGUUUAGUUCUAUAGCAUUUAUAUGAACUUAAAUCUACUGUUUAUGGAGAUUAGAAAUGAUUUCUGAAAAUGGCCCAGUGUCCUUUCCACUUGAAUGGAUUUAAGAACAACUCGUGUUUUCAGUUGAAUUAAGAUUAGGACAUUUAGUUUUUACACAAGCUGAUUUUCCUUGUGAUUUAACACAGAAUGUUUAAUACACUGCUGCAGAUAUCUACUGUUCAUGCAGAACAUUUUAACUGUUUGAGAUCAUGUUAACUUGUUGAGUAAACUAAAGAGAAGAAAAUACUGAGUGUUGC